AACCACCUCAUUCUAGACGCUUCUUUCACUCCCAUUUAACAGACACCUCCUCUGCUCCAGCGUCUCCUAAGCACACCUCCAUAUCUUCACCUUUGUGAACUUCAUACAAUUCUUUGCCAAGGUUGAAAUAUGUAUCGCUUCGCAGCCAAUCUUGCUUCCAAAGCCAGGCUAGCGAAACGCACCACUCAACAGGUUGGUGGUAGCUUGGGUUGGAGCAGAAAUUAUGCAGCAAAAGACAUUAGAUUUGGAGUUGAAGCAAGGGCCCUGAUGCUCAAGGGUGUCGAGGAGCUUGCAGAAGCCGUUAAAGUUACUAUGGGCCCAAAGGGGCGUAAUGUAGUGAUUGAACAAAGCUGGGGUGCCCCUAAAGUGACCAAGGAUGGUGUGACAGUUGCAAAAAGCAUUGAAUUUAAGGACAAGGUUAAGAACAUUGGUGCUAGUCUUGUAAAGCAGGUUGCCAAUGCCACAAAUGACGUUGCUGGUGAUGGUACUACCUGUGCUACCGUUCUCACUCGAUCAAUUUUCAUGGAAGGCUGCAAGUCCGUAGCAGCUGGCAUGAAUGCCAUGGAUCUCAGAAGGGGGAUUACAAUGGCUGUUGAUGCUGUAGUUACAAACCUAAAAAGCAGAGCAAGAAUGAUUAGCACAUCGGAAGAAAUUGCCCAGGUUGGGACAAUUUCUGCUAAUGGAGAAAGAGAAAUUGGUGAGCUGAUUGCGAAGGCAAUGGAAAAAGUUGGCAAAGAGGGUGUCAUCACUAUCCAAGAUGGCAAGACAUUGUUUAAUGAAUUGGAAGUUGUCGAGGGGAUGAAGUUGGACAGAGGCUAUAUUUCCCCCUACUUCAUCACAAACCAGAAGAACCAGAAAUGCGAGCUGGAAGAUCCUCUUAUUUUGAUACAUGAGAAGAAAAUAUCAAGCAUAAAUGCAAUUGUGAAAGUUUUAGAAUUAGCUUUGAAGAGACAAAGGCCCCUCCUCAUAGUUGCUGAAGAUGUGGAGAGUGAUGCUCUUGCAACUCUUAUCCUCAACAAACUGCGAGCAGGAAUAAAGGUUUGUGCUGUAAAGGCUCCUGGAUUUGGUGAAAACAGGAAAUCAAACAUGCAGGAUCUAUCCAUACUGACUGGAGGCCAGGUGAUAACGGAGGAGCUUGGAAUGAAUCUUGAUGAUGUGGAGUUGGAUAUGCUGGGCUCGUGCAAGAAGGUCACUAUCUCUAAAGAUGAUACUGUAAUUCUCGAUGGAGCUGGUCAAAAGAAAGCAAUUGAAGAAAGAUGCGAGCAGAUAAGAUCGGCAAUUGAAUUGAGUACUUCUGAUUAUGACAAGGAGAAGUUGCAAGAAAGGCUUGCUAAACUUUCCGGCGGUGUAGCAGUACUAAAGAUUGGAGGAGCUAGUGAAACAGAAGUCGGUGAAAAAAAAGAUCGGGUAACAGAUGCUUUAAAUGCCACAAAAGCUGCUGUAGAAGAAGGAAUUGUGCCUGGUGGAGGAGUUGCUCUACUCUAUGCUUCCAAGGAGUUGGAUAAAUUGCCUACAGCAAACUUUGAUCAGAAGAUUGGUGUUCAAAUAAUUCAAAAUGCAUUGAAGACACCAGUUCACACAAUUGCAUCCAAUGCCGGAGUGGAAGGUGCUGUGGUUGUCGGGAAGUUGUUGGAAUCAGAUAAUCCAGAUCUUGGAUACGAUGCAGCUAAAGGUGAAUAUGUUGAUAUGGUGAGAUCGGGAAUCAUUGACCCAUUGAAGGUUAUCAGAACCGCGCUUGUAGAUGCUGCUAGUGUUUCUUCAUUAAUGACGACUACCGAAGCUAUUGUUGUUGAACAACCUAAAGAAGAGACAUCUGUGGCUUCACCGGGCGGGAUGGGUGAGAUGGAUUACUAAGCUAAGUCAUGGAAUGGAAUUGAGGCAUUGCCACUUUUGGAAAACAUCAUUAAUUUUUCAGAAUAAGUUAAGAGAUGCUCCGGGCGUGCAGGUGCGUGCAUAUCCUUCCUUCAUCACAAUUGAGAAAUGAGUAUAUUAUAUUUCGAUGGCUUAGGUGUUGGAUGAUGAUAUUAACAUCUUUUACAUAUUACUACUACUACUACUACUACAUAUUUGAACCAUUGGAUCCAUUACAUUACCCUUUUUAAUUAAAAUCACUGACUCACUGCGUGACUUGGAAUGCAAAGAAAGAUUUGAUGGA